CGGGGGGGGGGGGGGGAAAGAGCGGCGCUGCGCUGCGGCCAGCCCCGGGCUGCCGCUCCGCGCCUGCGAUCCGCGGGAGGCUGUCGGGGCGGCGGCGGCGGCGCUGCCUCGCUGACUGAGGCGUGGGGUUGGCGUUUCGGAAGGAGGAGGAAGAGGAGGGAGCUGAAAAAAAAGCUCUGCAGCGCGCAGCGGCCCGGGCGGGGGUGGGUCGGUGCAUGCAGCGCGGGGCGCACGCAGCAGCCUGCGGGACGCGGCCGCACGGAGGAUCACCACCGCCGCCGCCGCCGCUCGCUGCUGCCGCCGCCGCCGCGGGGCCGAGCCGCCGCCGCCGCCUGCCGCUCCGCCCGGCCGUGGGGGCCGGGGCUCGGCGCAGCCGGGCGCACACGUGCGCGCCUCUGCCGGCGCCGCCGCGGGGGCUGAGCGCCGCCGGGCGCGGGGCGGUGCCGCUGCCCGCCGGGAGCCGCCGGGCGCCGCGGGCGCACGGCGGGGCUCAGCGCCGCGCCGGCACCCUCUCCCCCGCCGGCUGCGGCAGCGCCCUUUAAUACCCAUCACUGCUUUUCCCCCCCCUCCUUUUUUUUUUUUUCCCUUUUUUUUUUCCCCUUCAAUUUUUUGUUUUCCAGCCUGCUCCUCCAGCGCGCUGAGAACAGUCUCUCUUCCAUUUACUUGAUUCGCAGGUUUGCUUAUCUGUUUGGGGGUUUUUUCCUCCCCUAUUUUUGCUGUCCCGCUCACUCCAGCCCCGAAUUUUAUCUAGUUGUAGCUACUUGCUGCCUUUUUUUUUUUUUUUAUUAUUACUGGUAUUUUUUUCACUGACGCCUCCCGUGCAUUUUUCGAUUGCAAGUCCUCCUUGCAGUCCGGUUUUUAACUGCAUUUUGUCUGCAGAUCUUCCCUUUGUUUGCACACAUCCCCUUUUUAUUUUUUAAUUUUUUUUUCCGUUGUUGUUGUUCGUUGUUAAAGUCACUCUUUUUUUGGGGGGCGCUGUAUUUAAACACUUAAAAUGCACUGCUAUCUCCUGAGCGUGUUUCUUACCGUGGAUCUGGCCACCGUGGCUUUCAGCCUGUCUACCUGCAGCACCCUCGACAUGGAUCAGUUUAUGCGCAAGAGGAUCGAGGCGAUCCGGGGGCAGAUCUUGAGCAAACUGAAGCUCACCAGCCCCCCGGACGAGUACCCCGAACCCGAGGAGGUGCCCCCGGAGGUCAUCUCCAUCUACAACAGCACCAGGGACCUGCUGCAAGAAAAAGCCAACCAUAGAGCUGCCACUUGCGAAAGGGAGAGGAGCGACGAGGAGUAUUAUGCCAAAGAAGUUUACAAAAUAGACAUGCAGCCUUUUUAUCCCGAAAAUGCCAUCCCACCGAGCUAUUACAGCCUUUACUUCCGAAUUGUCAGAUUUGACGUCUCGGCAAUGGAGAAGAACGCCUCCAACUUGGUGAAGGCCGAGUUCAGGGUCUUCCGCCUGCAGAACUCGAAGGCGCGGGUCUCAGAGCAGCGGAUAGAGCUGUACCAGGUUCUAAAAUCAAAAGAAUUAUCAUCACCAGGACAGCGCUACAUCGACAGCAAAGUAGUUAAAACAAGAGCUGAAGGAGAGUGGUUGUCUUUUGAUGUCACUGAGGCUGUACAUGAGUGGCUCCAUCACAGAGACAGGAACCUUGGAUUUAAGAUAAGCUUACAUUGUCCAUGCUGCACCUUCGUGCCUUCCAAUAAUUAUAUCAUCCCAAAUAAAAGUGAGGAGCUUGAAGCAAGAUUUGCAGGUAUUGAUGACUACACAUAUUCCAGUGGUGAUGUGAAAGCUUUAAAGUCCAAUAGGAAAAAAUACAGUGGGAAGACCCCACAUCUUCUGCUAAUGUUAUUACCCUCCUACAGACUUGAGUCGCAACAGCCCAGUCGGCGGAAGAAGCGUGCUCUAGAUGCUGCCUAUUGUUUUAGGAACGUGCAGGAUAAUUGCUGUCUGCGUCCACUUUAUAUUGACUUCAAGAGGGAUCUUGGCUGGAAGUGGAUUCAUGAACCUAAAGGGUAUCAUGCUAAUUUCUGUGCAGGAGCCUGCCCAUAUUUAUGGAGCUCAGAUACUCAGCACAGCAGAGUACUCAGCUUGUAUAACACCAUAAAUCCAGAAGCUUCUGCCUCUCCGUGCUGCGUGUCCCAGGAUUUGGAACCCCUCACCAUCCUCUACUACAUUGGCAAAACACCGAAAAUCGAACAGCUGUCCAACAUGAUCGUAAAGUCUUGCAAGUGCAGCUAAAGGAUACCCCUGAAACAGCAUGACGUGUGUGUAUUAAAAAAAAAUAACCAAGGAAAAAAAGAAAGAGAGAGCGAGAAGGAAAGAAAGAAAAAUGAAAACCCAGGUUCAUCAGUGUUAAAAGAAAAAAAAAAGAAGAAAAAAAAGCGGUACUAGUCUGAACUGUUUGAAAGUUUUGUUUUUUGUUUUUUUAAACUGGCAUCUGAAGCAAAACAUUGAAGGCCUUUAUCCUACAUUUCACCUACACAUAGUGUGAGAUAGACAAGAAGCAAAGUUAAAGAAAAAAAACCUUUUAAAAAAUAAACACUGGAAGAAAUUUGUUAGUGUUACUAUGUGAAAGGAAAAAAACAGGAAAAUCCCAUGAAGUGGAGUUGCUGUAUCUGUCCCGUGCCUUACUUGAUCUCUCUGUAUUGUUACGCAGUAGGCAUCCUACCCAUUCCUCUUAGUUGUAGAGUUAACAGUGCAUUAUUUAUUUGUGUGUAAAAACUAUCAAAUGAACAUUUCCGUAUCGCCAUUGGAAAAAAGAAAACCAGCCAGUGUGGACAAAGUGGAGACCAAAUAAGCUGCCAGAAAUACAUAUAAAGCCUAACGGAACACAAGCUCAAAAGAAUCAGAAAAGUAAUGGUUAGUUUAGUUUGAUUAAAAUAGAAAUCAGUUAUUACAUUAUUGAGAAACUCUGCCUUUAAAAUACCUUAUUUUUCAUGUGAGCUGCCUAGAGAGGCUUCUUGUAAGGUCUCAAACCCUUGUUUUAAAUACUGAAUAAUUUACUAAUAAAGGACACUCUGUUUCAGUCUCAAAGACAAGUCUAUAAGAUUUUUUUUUUUUACUGUAAAUGAUUUAAAAUGUCAGUUUAGUAAACCAGUGAAAUAUUUAACAUGUACUGGUCUAAUCUUCAGACCUUAAUAUGUUGCUGUAUAGCUAUGCUAUGGGAUUUUUUUGUUCUUUUGGUAUAUGUAACCAUACCUAGAGUAUUACAAUAGGUGGGUAGUAAAAGCCAGCUUAAUUGGAAACAUAUCUGUAGAUCUCUAUUUGUAAACUAUUAAAAAAUUAAGUACUUUA